GUCACAGUUACUCAGGGUUUAUAGACAAGAGAACAGUAAAUGCCCAGCAUCAUAAACUGGCCUUAUCCAUCUCCAGUAAAGGGUAAAUGACUAUGUCAAUUGAGCAACAAAAAGAAAAGCUAAUACAUUACUGAAGGUUACUAAAUCUCAAGAUGAAUAUGUCUGGAGCAAGCUGCGGUAGCCCAACUUCUACAGAGAGCCUUGCUGCUGGAGACUUGUUCAAGGAGCUGUGGUGUAAACUAAAAGAAUGCCAUGAUAAGGAGUUACAAGAGCUACAAUUAAAAAUCACGAAACUGAAGAAGCAGAGGUGCUUGGAUGCACAAAGAUUGGAAGAAUUUUAUACCAAGAACCAACAACUCCGAGAACAACAGAAGUCACUUCAUGAUACCAUUAAAGUUCUAGAAGAUAGGCUCCGAGCUGGACUAUGUGACCGAUGUGCAGUUACUGAAGAGCACAUGAUGAAGAAGCAGCAGGAAUUUGAAAGCAUCAGACAACAGAAUAUGAAACUCAUCACAGAGCUUAUGAAUGAGAAAAAUACUCUUCAGGAUGAGAAUAAAAGGCUUUCAGAUGAACUCCAAUAUAUGCAGAAGAAAACAGAUACUGAGCAGAAGACCACUGGUGCAGAGUCAUCAGCAGAUCCUGCAGAGUGUGAAGACGGUGUUAUUCCUGACUCCCCAGUCAGCUCCUUUCCGCUAUCCAUGGCCAGUCGUAUGCGUAGAAAAAAGGAAAAUCGACACGUCCGUUAUGCAGAGCGCACUCAAGAAGGCCCAAGGACCAAUGAAAGCAAAAACAACCCUGGGAAGGAAACAUUGUCAUCAAUGCAAUCAAAUAAUAGAAAUAGCAAAGAUAUUUUGGUUGCUGAAACAUGUGAUUUAGAACUAUCUCCUCCAUUAAAUAAAUCAGAGAGGCCUAUGUUCAAUUUGGCCGCCGUGGUUGCAGAAACUCUUGGUCUUGAAACACAUGAAGAGUCUCAAUCUCAAAGUGUAUUGAGUCAUCUUGGUAGCAGCAGUGAGAUAAACCUGGCACAUACAAAACAUCAAGAUGAUUCCCAAAGACAAAUGGAGCUAGAGUAUUCUGAAUCGUCACAGAAUAAUGAACUUGACAUUAAUUGGGGCACACAGCAGAUUUCUCCAGUUUUUGGGGCAGCUGCUGGCAAUAUUGAUGGGAGUUUAACAAUGGACACCAGGUCCUCUCCUACACUACUGCAUCAUGCAAUGAAAAAAAAGGCAUCUAACUCUUUAACUCAUGAAAUGAGUAGAAAGGCAGAUGAUGUAGUCCAGGUGACUCCUAUGUGUGCAAGUACACAAACAAAGUCCAUAAUUUGCCAGAGUUCAGACAGCAAGCCAGUUCUUUCUAAACAUAUUCCCAAUAAUGGUGUGAUCAGUGCAAAUGAUUCAUUGAUGACCAAGAGUCAAGACAUUUAUAAACAGAUAGGAAGUAGAAAUGGUAAGAGGAAAAAAGGUGAAAAUGACAGAGUGGUCAACUGUGAAAUGUCAUCGUAUAAUAAGGAAAAUGAUAUACCUGAAAAAGGCAGCACUGCUAUAAGAGAAAUAUCUGUUGACAAACCAUUGGACCUCUCAGAUCGCUUCUCAGGGCAGCAUAUUGAGGAGAAAAGUUAUGAGGACACCAAAAACACAAAGCAAACUUUUGUACAGGACACCUUGAAUUCUGGCUCUAAAAAUAACAGUACCUCAUCUGUAUGUAGGAAUUUUCAUGGAAGCUCAUUGGUACAAAUUGACUUAAAGGAAGAUCCCUUUCAACAGUCUAGAAUGAAUCACUCAAAUAAAGAGGAGCAUUUCAGUACUCGUUCAGACAACAAAGGAGCUGAAAAUGAUAUGCUUUUUGAAGAAACAGAGGUAGGAAGCCCUCAUCAACCAAGAAGAAAGCCUAGGCUGAUGCACAGAGGCUGUGAGCUAGCAUCUGUGCUUCAACCAAAUCCUCAUUUGUUGAUGGCUAAAAGUACAUCCACACAGGGCGAACAUGGCAAGACUCCUUUGGAAAAUAUUCAGUGGAGCAUUGAUCCAGGAGCAGACCUCUCUCAGUACAAAAUGGAACUCACUAUAGCAGACACAAAGAAUGAAAGCCAAGAAAAGACAGACAUGGAUGACAUGGACUACACUUAUGUCAGUGAUAGUAUGUUAUCAAAGAUGCAAAACCACAAGCAGAUUGAAGACGACAGUCCAACAGCAGAGGAUAGCAAACAUCAGGACAGCUUUAGUGAGAUGUUCGAUAAGACAGGAUAUGGAGAAUAUGUGUCAUGUCUUCAAGAGAAGAGUCCUCCUCAAACUCUUGAUUGCGAGGAGGAGGAUAACCUGUCUAAGAUGAAAAAGAAAGGUGUGAAACAUAUGAAAGAAAGAGGUAUUGAAGAAAAUGCAGAGACGUACCAGAAACAAAAAGCAUUUGUGGAGCCGUAUUUCCAGAGUGCUGAAAGGUGGUAUAUUAGCAGACUGUUACUACAGCAUGUGCAUAUGAAACUUGCUUAA